UUCGUGGGGUGAGGCCGCCUUUAUACGAAUCAGGAACAAAGCUAGGCUAACACGGACGCCUCUCGCCACACCUAUGAUACACUUCCCCUUAUAUGAGAAGGAGAAGUUAAUAAAAAAGUUAGUUACGGUACUUCGGCGCUAGCCAACCAUGCUAACAGGAAAGCUCCCGGGGCGCUCACCGUCCAGCAACAAACAGCGCGUUCACAUCCGCAGACGAUAAACUCUGCUUUGGAUUCGAGUACAUACUUCUGUUUAGUCCUGGGUGGUGUUUGGCUGGAGAUCGUUCCGCUUGGCUCUCUGCAUAAAACAAAAUGUCUAAAAGUGAAACAGAAGAGAUGAUAGAGAUCGAGAUCGAUGAGCGGGAGAAACAGGCGUGCCUGGAGGAAGGUGUCGAGGAGCAAACAAUCACUGCAUCUGAUUUGAUUCAGCAAGACAUUGACAUCAAUGAGCCCAUCGGAAAUUUGAAAAAGCUUCUGGAGCCACGCAUCCAAAUACCACUGGAUGCGUAUGAGAUCUGCCUGCAGGAUAUUCAGCUUCACCCGGAUCACAGCCUCUUUGAUCAAGGGGUCAAGACGGAUGGAACAGUGCAGCUCAGUCUGCAAAUUAUAACCAAAGCAGGUGAGGAGAAGCUGAACAUUUUGGAAAUUGUGAAGCCAGUGGAAACAGUAGAAGUGGUCAUCGAUCCAGAUGCGGCAGGGGAGGAGAGUACUCUGGUCGAGGAGGGUCAGCUGAUUGCUGUGGACAGGUCCGGCCUCUCUGAUGAGACCUCGGAACAGGUGACACGCUGGGCGGCAGCACUUGAAGGCUACCGUAAAGAGCAGGUCCGCCUCGGCAUACCAUAUGACCCCAUGCUCUGGUCAGCUGACCAGGUGAUCCACUGGGCUGUUUGGGUGAUGAAGGAAUUCAACAUUGACGAGAUGGAAAUCGGCAGUAUUCACAUUCCAGGUAGAGACCUCUGCGGCUUCAGCCAAGAGGAGUUCCUUCAGAAAGUGCCUAAUGGAGAGAUACUGUGGAGUCACCUGGAGCUCCUACGCAAAUAUGUGUUGGCAAGUCAGGAUCAGUCUGGAGGAGACGCCACAGUCACAAUUGAUCAACCUGUGCAGAUCAUCCCGGCUCAGGUCAGCACCCCCACGACCAUAAAGGUAAUGAAGCAGGGUCGUGGUCCCAGAACUCCAAGAAUCUCAGGCGGCGAGGAACGCAGCUCACCUGGCAACCGCACAGGUAACAACGGUCAGAUCCAGCUGUGGCAGUUCUUGCUGGAGCUGUUGACAGACAAAGAUGCGAGAGAUUGCAUCUCCUGGGUGGGAGAGGAGGGCGAGUUCAAACUCAACCAGCCUGAACUUGUGGCUCAGAAAUGGGGCCAACGCAAGAACAAGCCAACGAUGAACUACGAGAAACUCAGCCGAGCUCUCAGGUAUUACUAUGAUGGGGACAUGAUCAGCAAAGUGCAGGGCAAGCGCUUCGUCUACAAGUUUGUGUGCGACCUGAGGACUCUGAUUGGCUACAGCGCUGCUGAGCUCAACAGCCUGGUGACAGAGUGUGAACAAAAGAAACUGGCACGCAUGCAGAUGCACGGCAUGGGUCAGCCCAUCACUACAGUGACCUUGGCAACCACGACACUAGACAAGGACAGUUGAGGGAGGCCGCGUUACAGCGCCCUCUCGCUCCUCCGCUGAUGGGAAAUCAAAUCCAUUUUUUUGACAGAGCUGUGUUCACUGAGCACGGAAAUGCAAAGCUGAUCCCUGAUCAGUGUGGAUUGACAACUUUGGUAAUUUCUCUGCAGUUUAAGUCCAAUUAGACUGGGGCAGAUAAAAUGUUUGUUUUUUUUGCUUUAAUUCUAACCAAGAGAUGCGUGUGCAGGUCAGGAUGAAGUGCAGGAUAUGUGUGUGAUUAUUGAAUGAUGCUGUUGUGCAUGUGACUGGAAUGUUUGAACAUGUGACUGAAGAACCAGCUUUGUGUAAUGUGUUCCUCGUCUAUAGCUAAGAAUUGCUCCCACUGUAUAUACUGGUACUUAAUGUUUUUUGAUAGCCCCAAGGGCAAGUGUAUUUUCAUAUUUUCCAUUUAUAGAGGACCCGUUUUGUAUUUUAUUUAGUGGUUGUUCCCUAAACUGUUGGACCCUUUUUUGUCCACUAGGGGGAAUAAAGCAGCAAGCAUUUUUUCUUAA